ACAACAUGGAUUGUCCAACAAUGACCAUGUCUGUCUCUCCUCUCUCUUGUUUUUGCAUGUUUCUUCUGUGCUAUGCCACUGUCCUGAACCCUGUUUCUGCUAUGCAAAGUUGUGAUUUUCCGGCGAUUUUUAACUUUGGCGACUCGAAUUCAGACACUGGUGGACUUGCUGCAGCCUUCAAUUGGACCAACCCACCUUAUGGAGAAACCUUCUUUCACAUGCCAGCAGGGAGGUUCUCAGAUGGACGUCUCAUCAUCGAUUUCAUCGCUACAAGUUUUGGACUCCCAUUUCUCAGUGCUUAUCUCAAUUCUUUGGGGACCAACUUCACCAAUGGUGCAAAUUUCGCCACUUCAGCAUCAACCACCACACCACCAAGGUCCAUUAUUCCGGUGGGCGAAUUCAGCCCCUUCUACUUGGAUGCACAGUAUUGGCAGUUUACACAAUUCAUAUACAGAUCACAAAUUAUCAAGAAAACAGGAGGGAUAUACAAGAAUCUAAUGCCCGAGUUGGAAGAUUUUCCAAAAGCCUUGUAUACAUUUGAUAUUGGUCAAAAUGAUCUUGCUCAAGGUUUCUUUGGUAACAUGUCCAUAGAGGAAGUGAAUGCUUCUGUCCCAGAUAUAGUCAACAGGUUCUCUACUAACAUCAAGAAUAUAUACAAGUUGGGAGCUAGAAUGUUCUGGAUCCACAACACCGGACCGAUUGGCUGCCUUCCCUAUAUCUUGGCAACUUUUCCAGCAGCUCAAAUGGACAGUGCUGGCUGCGCGAGGGCUUACAAUGAGGUAGCUCAGUACUUUAACUACAUGUUGAAGGAGGCCAUUGUGCAACUCAGAAAGGACCUUCCUCUAGCUCCAAUCACAUAUGUUGAUGUGUACUCUGUCAAGUACUCCCUCUAUACUGAACCACACAAAUAUGGGUUUGAGCAUCCACUUGUUGCUUGCUGCGGCUAUGGAGGGAAGUACAACUUUAGUAGUGUGGGAGUUUGUGGAGAUACUGUCACUGUUAAUGGCAGCCAAAUAUUCAUCGGUUCGUGUGAACGCCCCUCGGUUCGAGUAAACUGGGAUGGAGUUCACUACACUGAGGCAGCAGCUAAGUUUGUCUUUGAUAAAAUUUCCACUGGAGAAUUCUCAGAUCCACCAGUUCCCUUGAGAAUGGCAUGUCACAGCAAAUUGGACUAAAGUUUCUCAAUAUAUAGAACAAUGCACUUCAGCAAUGGACAAUAUUUAUGCACAUACACAUAUAUGAUAUGUAUUUGUUAUAGUUGUUGUUCAAUUAAAUGUAAUAAUAAGCAUCUAACUCAGCUGAGCUACUGGUAUUGCUACUUGUGUGGAUAUAUCUCCAUAUAUAGAGUAUUUUCUGAUUCUGCAAACUGAUAUUGCUAUUUUGAAUGUAGAGUGAAGGAAAGGGAAUUGGUACGAGUCCCAAACCGUCAUUUCACGGCAGGUUAUUUGUUUAUUUAUUUUUUACUAUUAUUUUAUUAUAUUGUGUAAGGGCAUUUUAACUCCUCCUUUUUUUUUUUUUUU